UGUCUAUUUGCCUGCUGAAACUGGGCACGGGGAAAAAAACACAUCGUGGAGCAGAGAAAGGUUCAAACCUGGCAAUACGGAUACACAUGGAGCCUCUACCAGCGCAACUUCCCAUCUGUCCUCUACUUUAAAUGAUACGCUUCUGCAUAUAGUGUAGAAAUAGUCAUACUUUCUGAAUUCAUCUGCUGACCUUUUUUCACGUGUGUGUAUUUCCUCAUUUGGACCAAAAUUAACAUGGAUUUAGUAAUCUGAUAAAGUAUAGGGGGACUCAUUUUUUUCGUGGAACUGUCUUUUAUCUGCAUCACAUAAAGAGCAUCACCAUGGACGUUUUGGCGAACCAUAGUAUUUUUCAGGAACUUCAGCUCGUGCACGAUACCGGCUACUUCUCCGCGAUGCCCUCGCUGGAGGAGAACUGGCAGCAGACGUGUCUGGAGCUGGAGCGCUACCUGCAGACGGAGCCCAGACGCCUGUCCCAGUUCUUCGACCAGGAGCUGGACUGCCUGCUGACCCCGGCCUACCUGAAGGAGGACAGCGAAGAGGAGCUGAUGGACCCCCUCCUCCCCAGCCUCCCCGAGGAGCCCCCCAGCCCCCCGCCCCUCCUCUGCCCCUCCCGGAAGCACCUCUCUCCCUCCUCCGGACCCAGGAAACCAAGGCCCGGGGCCGGGGACCGGACGGGGGCGGGAGGGGGUGGGGUCCACCAGGCUCAGCUGAGCGCCGUCACCUCCCUGACGCCCCCGUCGUCCCCGGAACUGGGCCCGCACCUGGCCAAGCCCACCCACACCCUGAGGGCCUCGGCCGACGGCACCCUCACCCUCAAACUGGUGGCCCGGAAGAUAGGCCUCAGCGCAGCCAGGCUGGUGGCCGCCCACGCGCUCCCCCUGCCGGGCCGGCACGCCGGGGGGAACCCCGAGGAGGACGAGCCGGGCGCCACCUGCGUGAUCGGGGUGGGGGACAUUCCCGAGAACAAGAAGAGGGUCCAUCGCUGCCAGUUCAACGGCUGCAGGAAGGUUUACACCAAGAGCUCCCAUCUGAAGGCGCACCAAAGGACACACACAGGUGAGAAGCCCUACAAGUGUUCGUGGGAAGGCUGCGAGUGGCGAUUUGCCAGGAGCGAUGAGUUGACGAGGCACUACCGCAAACACACCGGCGCUAAGCCUUUCAAGUGUAACCACUGUGACAGAUGUUUCUCCCGGUCAGACCACUUGGCACUACACAUGAAGAGGCACAUCUGAGGAGGAGGAGGAACAGGAGAGGGAAAGGAGGAUAAGAGGAGAGGAAGAGGAGGACAAGGCGGGAGGAAAACAAGAUGGCUACUCGCCAUGCUCCGAGACGUGGAGAGGCGGGAGGGCCGGAACGGAAGCCUGGUCUCGUCAGGUGGCGGGAGAGGCUGCACGCAGCAGCGUCGUCACAUGGAACAGAGAUGUGUAGAUUUGUGUACAGACAAAACCGCCCAUGACUGUCCUGGUGUCCUGGAAAUGUGACCUAGCCAGGUCUUUAUGCCCCAGUUAUUCAGUGCCACAACACCGACUGCCCCCUGGGAUGUGUGUGACUGGGACGUCAGGGAGAUCUGCACCCUCUUGUCAUCUGUCAUGCUCCUGAAGGUUACCUCUCACAAGGAACUACUACCAGCAACCACGAGGUGACUCUAUCAAUCCAACCAGGUGUCUUUCUUAACGACAGGUCACAUUGUACAGACACGGUGACAAGCCCUUAGCAGACGCUUCGCGGUGUGAUUACGUAUGACAUUCACAAACUUGCCCUUCUCCCCCUCCAUCGCUUGUCCCGUCUCUCUCUCUCUCUCUCUCUCUCUCUCUCUCUCUCUCGCUCUCUCUCUCUCUCAGUUCCUCUCCGCCCGACAGCUGCGCAACUGACACUUUUGAACCUUUUUGUAGAACCCCCCUCUGUCCAGAACGGGAUCGUCUUGAAACUCACCAAACGUUGGCUUACAUGCUGCUCCGACAUGGACUGCCAUAUGCACAGAAGUAGUACAAGCAGCUAACUGCGACAGAAGCACAGACAGCUAAAAGAAACUCGAAAAUGUGUAAAGAUUAUUUUCUUUCGAAAUACCGCCCCAACCCCCCUCCUCCUAUGAACGACUGAAAUUUGAAGGACAGAUCCCGUCAUAAAAAAAAAAAGUACAAAAUCAAAUAAAAGAACGAUUGAGAAUGUUUGCUGAUGUUAUCUCAUGUGUGUAUGAGACAGACUGUAUGGGACUGGUCAGAGCCUGGCUGUGGUUGGGAACCGCUAGCGCUCACAGGAGGGCUGGGCUUCACACUUAUUCCCGGACAAACGGCACUAACCCUGUGUGCUCCUCUUGGGAGCUCGAGGCAGACGCAGCGCGCCAUCACACGAUGUGCUUCUCACUAUCCAACAUCAGACUGCAUUCUUGCUAAUGUCUAAAGUUCAUUUCCAUGGGCAGAGAUCAUUCCGCCUACGAUGUGGGAUUACUAUGGGGGACGGUGGGGAUUCUGAUUUGUGUACAAUCAAAGGGGAUUGGGUGGCUCUCUCAAGAGCAAAUAAAUGUGAUGAAUGUACUGUUUUGUCAAAUUUGUGCAUGACACUGGAACCAGAGAGAACAUUGGAGGAGAUGGAUAUUAGUACAGUUUAUAGGUGGCACUGGUAAACACAUUACUGACUGUGUGGUCUUGAGUAGUGUCAGUCAAUUGUCUCGUAUAGAAAUAGCCAGAUGUAGAAAUUCACUUGCCCUCAGCCGAAAUACCGACCAAACAUCCGUUUGUUGUCAUAGACAUUUUUUGUUAUCCCUGGCGGCCAUUUUGACAUCUGUUGGGUUAGCAUCAUCCCACAGCUGCCCACCAACUUGGCUGACAUUGACCAAUAAGAGGGUACUCUGACAGCAGGGUUACCUAGGUAAUGAGGGGACAUAUGCGCCCUCAGCAGUGGUCAGUGCUGUACGGGCCCAAAAACAGGAUGCAAUGGAGUGCGACCCAUACCACUGCUCACUCUCUGUCACGCACUCCCCCCCCUCUCUCUCUCUCUCUCUUUCUCUCCCUCUCUUUCUCUCUCUCUCUCAUGCACUCCCUCCCUCUCUCUCCGGUCAUGCUGACUGAGAGGUCACGCCCCUCUGCUGACCGACACAGUCCAUUUCCCAGACGUGGUACUCUAAGUGUUAUCCUUCCCACUACACGCUCCAGGCCUGAAGACCUCCAGGGGUAGCCUUGCAUGACAGACAGCAAAGGGGAUGCUUUAAGGCACACCUUCACGAUGUCAAUUAUUUGCAAGUAGUAAAGAGAAAAAAGGAGAGAGGGGGUUGGCAAACAAAGAACACUUGGGAGAAGCUACCGUUUAGUCCUGUCUCAUCUGUUUAACAUGAAGGAGACGUAAAGUGUGAUGGAGACCAAAAAUGGGAACAGGAAUUGGAGUAAAUAUCUGAGAGAAUUAGACCCUUAAAAGGAGAAUUAAUAAUCACUAGCAGCUUUCGUGUGCUAUUCAGAAUUGAAGGGUGAAACACAUAUGAACUGGCAGUGUGUAGAUAAACAAAUGUUUUAUGUGAAUUUGGGCUCAUAAUUAAGGGGUGGCCCAUAUCUUUGAGGUUUUGAUGGUACUGUACUGUAUGUAUUACUUGAUGCGUAAUUCAUAACAGGAUAGACAGAUCCCAUCUUGGCUGUAAACACAAGUCCAACAGGCUUGGUUUUAAUCCAUCCCACCUUACUGGGUAGAAAUCUACCACACACAGCUACAAUGUACGUUAAAGGGAACGAGACAUUAGCUAGUUACUGUUGUUUCUCAUUUUACUACAGUUGUGGGUCUCCUGCUGCAUAUUGAUGAAUGAUUGUGUGUUAUCUGCUGUGCCUGUGUGUGUUGUCUGUUAUUGCAGUCAGAGACUUACUAAACCUCUCUUGCACACACAUUCUCUCUCUCUCUCUUUCUCUGGGGCAAAUCUUUGGGGAAAAAACACUUGGCGCUGUUUUGGUUCCUGUCAAACAUAUUUUCAGGUGAAUUGGUGGCUUUGUGUUCCUAUACUCUUGGACAACAGGGCACUUUGUGUCUGUAAAUUCCCUGUAUGGGUUCAGUGAAUUGCUGUUACCAUGUGGCAGAACCUUGGACACAAACGGACGAACAACAGGCACCGCUGUGCAUCUCUUUUCACAGGUUGCUUUCAUCUCUGUAGGUUAGACAUCUGUAAAACAGCAUCGGUGUACAUUGGUGUGUGAGAAUCUAGGAAUGAGUCCACUAUUGUGAGCCACAUCCUACCAGUACCAAGUCUUAAUCUCAGAUGGGAAACUGCUCCUUCUUUUUACCAGCAUCUCCUCCCCCAUCCUCCUCUCGAACUCUCUCUUCUAUCAUCUGUCUAAUCUGUUCAUCCAUCUCUUUCGCCUCUGUUCUUAUUCUCAUGUUUCUGUACAAAGUGUUUGAAAAUUAUUAUUUGUAUAUUAUGAUGUGAGUAUAAUAAUGUUCUUUGUUAUGGAAAAAGGAAAAAUUUAUUUUUGUUACUGGUUUGUUUCAUAAUUCUUUUUUAAAUUGGUAUUGUAAUAUCUCUAUGCAAGAACUGUUCAGUGAAUCCUUUUUAUUUAAGAAUGUAAUGUGUAGUAAAUUGUAGAAUCAG